AUGUAUCAUCCAACAAGUUUUUGUGUUAAACUUCAACUUCAUUUUGGUGGUGAUGUACAUGAAAUAUCUGUACCUGCAUAUGAUGGUGCUGAACCAACUGUUGCAGAUUUAAUGAAUGUAGUAGAACAUAAUUUUCGUGUACCACGUGCAUUACAAAAUCUUAUCUUUCAAGGACAAGAAUUACAUUCACGAUCAAAUGAACCAUUAAGUCAUUUUGGUAUUAGAAAUGGAGUUCCUAUUCGAUUAGUAGGUCGAAUGGUUCCACCGGAUAGAGUUGAUCAGAUCAAUGCUCAAUACAAUACUUAUUCAUAUCAACAAUCGAAUACAAUUCCAACAUUUCAAACUAAUGAACAAAAUUUACCCUAUUAUCAUGAACAAUUUAGAUACAUAGAAAAUUCAUCAGUUGGUACUCAAUAUGAUCCACCACCACCUUCUUCUGGUAAAAAUCAAUCGUCGUCAGUGCCAAAUCAAGGACAAAUAUCUGAACAUUCAAAUGGUAACGAACAUAAGCCACUAUCUACACCUAAUUCAUCCAAUACAAAAUAA